ACCGUCUCUUGCUCUCCUUUCUAUUGUCGCUCAUGGCACAAGUUCUCUCCACACUCUUCAAGCAAAAGGCUCCCACUACGGGAGCCAUCAUUAUUGCACUUAUAUAUGCUAUCUAUAAAACCAAGAAGAGGUUCCAAAAGAAUCUCGCUACUUCCUCCAACAAAGAUACCCGCAACAAACGCUCCAAGCAAAAACAACAAAAGGUCGGCGUGAAUGCCAACUUUGUCGAUCAAAUGCGAAAGCUAUUGCCCAUUUGUGUACCAGGCACUUUUUCAAAGGAGGCUGGUUUACUGGCGAUAUUGGCUACAGUAUUGAUUGCACGUACCUGGCUCGAUAUUUGGUUUUCGGGUUUUAAUGGUUCUGUUGUAAAAGCCAUUGUAUCACGCAAUCGCAAGGCAUUUAUCGCCAAAGCUAUUAUUGAAUUUGGCAUGAUGAUGUGGCCUAUGAGUAUAGUGAACAAUUCGCUCAAGCUGACAAUCAGCGCGCUUGCGUUGAGUUUCCGUGAACGUUUGACAAAGCAUGCACAUAAUCAAUACCUUAAUGGCAUCACUUUUUACAAAGUGUCAAAUCUCGACAACCGACUUCAGAAUGCCGAUCAGUUAUUAACCCAAGAUAUCGAUAAAUUUGCUGAUAAUUUAUCCCAUCUGUAUUCGGACAUUGCCAAACCCGUCGUCGAUAUUUUCUUGUUUGCCUAUAAACUCGGUGAAGCCAUUGGUAACGAAGCUCCAUUCUUCAUGAUUGCCUAUUUCGUCAUGUCGGGUGUCUUGCUUCGCGCUUUUUCACCUCCUUUCGGACGAUAUACUGCUAUUCAGCAAAAGCUGGAAGGUGAUUUCCGCUUUACUCAUUCUCGUAUCAUCACUCACUCGGAAGAGAUUGCCUUUUAUGGCGGCGCUGAAAGAGAAAAAGAUGUGGUGAACAACACUUUCCAAAAGAUUGUCAAUCAUGAGCGUAAAGUAUACACUUUGCGGUUCCUCAACGGCAUCUUUGACUCUGUUCUUGUCAAAUACUGUGCAACCAUGACCGCUUAUUACUUACUGGCUCGACCUGUUUUCGAUCCCCGUUAUGCAACAAAACACAUGGGAGCAUUACAAGAUGAUCCUACAAAGUUGAUGGAGGAUUAUUCAAGAAACUCCAGCUACCUCAUCAAUCUGUCUCAGGCGGUAGGCCGUCUCAUUUUGACCGGCCGUGAUCUGACUCGAUUUGCCGGAUAUACCUCUCGCGUAGCCGAACUCUUUGACGUUUUGGGCGAUGUCAGUAAAGGAAAGUACAGCCGCACGAUGCUGUCCGAUGUUGAAGGUGGAGUGAGCCAGAGUAAGACUGUCGAUACAUCGGAAAUGAAGGGUAAAGUGCUGGUACAAGACGGUGUCAUCAUUUUCGACAAGGUGCCCAUCGUGACGCCCAACAGUGAUGUGCUUCUGAAGGACUUGUCAUUCAAAGUCAGCACUGGCAUGAACUGUCUCAUUUCAGGUCCCAAUGGAUGUGGCAAGAGUUCCUUGUUCCGUAUCCUGGGUGAUUUAUGGCCAUUGUUUGGUGGAACCGUAACAAAGCCCUCUGCGGAUAAACUCUUUUACGUUCCGCAAAAGCCCUACUUGGCAUUGGGCAGUUUCCGCGAUCAAAUAAUUUACCCCCACACUCCUUCCGAGGCCCGCGCUCGUGGAUAUACAGAUGUUGAAUUGAUAAAUUUACUGGAAACCGUGCACCUGGGCUAUUUGGUGGAACGCGAAGGCGGCUGGGAUGCAGUACAGGAUUGGGCGGAUGUCCUUUCCGGUGGCGAGAAACAAAGAGUAGCCAUGGCACGUUUAUUCUACCAUCGCCCACAAUUCGCCAUUUUGGACGAAUGUACCAGUGCCGUUAGUGUGGAUAUCGAGGCCAUCAUGUAUGAGCAUGCCCGCAAACUUGGCAUUACUCUGUUCACCGUAUCCCACAGAACAUCUUUGGUCCGUCAUCACGAAUAUUUGUUACGUUUCGAUGGCGAAGGUCAUUACGAAUUCAAGGAAAUGGAUCCUGAGGACACGACGACGCCAUUCGGUUUUGGCCAUGGCAAGACCCAACCUAUUUCCAAAGCAGAGACCAAUCUCUAAAUCUCGUUCAUUUUCCGCACACACGCUGAAAUCGGUAUUCCUCCUCCCACUCAUCCUGUCCAUCUUUGUCGCUUGCAUAUCACGACUCUAUUUAUUCUUUUUUUUUCUCAGAAUAUACUGAAUA